AUGGGAACUCCCUGGCUUUCAACUCCCUUUGUCCGACUCAGAUACAAGAACCCCGGUAUCUGGAGUCCCUCGGAUCCUCGCCUCCCAAAAGAUGUCCUAGGCCGCGGUGAAGGGCGUCUCUCACCAGGGUUCGAGUUCCUGUGGAUCCCAAGUCCUACUAAAUACUGCGAGGCGGUUAUUCUCUUGCUUUGUCGAGAUUCAGAUACGAAUUACGAGUUUUUUUUUUUUUUUUUUUUGGAUUGCGACGAUUAUAUUUUGGAGUUCUUGGAUGAUGGAUCGGAAUCUUUCUGUGAGGAGGAUUUGGGGAUGGAGUUUAGGGACUUUUGA